AUGAUUCUUGAAUAUAAAAAUGGAUAUAUGAAUUCUAAUAAUUUUGACUCGCUGCUUCUGAAGCAAUUAUUUGAGUCCAAAACAUCAGAGCAUAGAAAAUUGCCCUUAUUUUCUAUAGUAAACAUUGAAAAUAAUUCAAAGAUCAUAAAAGCUCUAAUAGAUGGCUUAAAUGCUAAAGUUUUCAACAAUACUUUUUUCUACCCUGGUAAUACAAAUACCCCUCCAAUAAUUUCUGAAACUGAGAUCGUAGUCUCAAUUGCUUCAGGAUCAAAAGAGCCAAAUGGUUUACCAAAUAAUGUCUACAAUUCUGAAAAUUUUGAAGGUUCUCUAUAUGCCCAGUGAGUUAUAAACAAUUCGACAUUCAUCUUAAAGAAUUUUUAUAUUACCCAAUUUCAAACAGACUGCGGAUCUGACACUUUCGAUUUUAAUUUUUAUUAUAAUUGUAUGAAUCCUUAUAAAGAUCAGCGGCAGAGUUUUCUGCGUGACGGGCCUGAAGGAAGGUCGCCGCAGUGGAAUUCUGCCUCACGGGGGAAGGGUCUGAUGCCCUGAGAAGAGAAAAAAUAUGGCCUGUGCCGAUUUUUAAAACCGUUGGCCUCAGGAGUUGCCGGCGUGAGUUGUGGAGCUGAUGUUGGCGAGGUUUUGGAGCUGCUGUUGGCGUUUUUUUGUUGGUGAGGUUUUGGAACUGCUGUUGGCGUUUUUGUUGUGCCUUGGGCACAAUACAGCAUUGGGAUGGUAUGGCGAAGCAAUUAAACUUGAACCAGACAAUAGUAGGGUAGGGAUAAGCAUAAUUUUCUUCUUAUAAAGAUCAGCUUGGAGUAGCGUUUCUUUCCCCUUCCUUUGAGUAUGGAGCUCUUGGAUAUAUUUUAGUUUUGAGAAGCUUAGGUCUAGAAAUUCCCCAUUGUGGGGCUGCGACUUCAAUUAGUGAACUAUCAAAUAAAACUGAAUACCGUGAAUUCAUGAGAAUUACAAGUAGUCCUUAUGAUUAUGCAACCAUUGUGGCUAAAAGCAUCACAUAUUUUGGAUGAAAUAAUAUUGCUGUCAUUUAUAGCAAUGAUUCGACGAUGGCCUCUCUGUACAAAGUAUUCGUUGAGGAUUGCACAAGGUUAGAUAUAUCUAUUCUGAAUAAUGAAGAUAAAAGGAUAAUUUCACCAGGCUACCUGAGAAGCAAUUUCAGGCAAUUUAAACACAUAUUUCAAAAUAUAUAUGAUUCAAAAGCCAGAAUUUGUAUUAUGCUUAUGGACGUUCAGUCCUCUUUACAUGCAGUAGAAGGCUUAUAUGACAUAGGCUUUAGAGAAGGGGACAUUGUUCUAAUUUUUAAGAGCAAAAUAGGAGGAGCUAAAGCUUCUUUCAAUGAUCUUCCAGAAUUUGUGCAUAAAAGAAAAGAAUUAUUGCUUGGAUCUUUGAGUUUUUCAUCUAUAGAAUACUACGGAGAUUAUGGGGAAAAAAUUGAAGCAGAAAUAGCUAAAGCUUUCUAUCCAGAAGAUCCAAGCUAUAAGUGUUUUUCAUUUGACGCUUUUAUGCUUGCAGCUAAUGGACUUGAUUAUACUAUAAAUCAAGGUGGAGAAAUCGAAAAUCCUUGACUAUUGAAUAAAAACCUCAGGAAACAAAGGUUUGUUGGCUGCAGUGGAGUUAUUUCAAUAAAUUCAAACUCUAAUGAUAGAAAUUCUGCUCCCAAACCACUAAUGAAUUUUUAUUAUAAUGAAACUGAUAAAACAUAUUACGAAGAAAUAGCUAUGAUCUUUAAUCUAGAAUCGUCAAAGACUCUGUCUGUUUUGCAGCAAAUUAUAUGACCUGGUGGUUCCUACGAAAUCCCAAAAGACCUUAGAGAUGAUAAUUUCGAUUGCCCAUUUGAUAAAAAACUUGUCAGCAGGUCUGGAAAAGGCAUAGGGUUGCUUUUUGGCAUAUACUUUUCGAUAUUUUCUGCAUCAGGAUUCAUGACCUUUUUCGUAUGGCAGAGAUGAAAACUAAUUGACUUCCCCAAGCUCAAAAAGCAAAAAAAGAUAAAAUUUGCUGAUAUGAUGGUUUAUUUAGUUAUUGCCAUUGAUUUUUUUCAAUAUCUUUAUUUAGGUCCUCCAAUAUCAAUUAAUCCACUGGUAGCGUAUAUUAGUGAAGCUACUACUAGUUAUUUAGAUUUAAAGAGCUCCAUUUUACUUAAGCAGGAUGAUUUAUGCAUCCAUAAGUCGAAAUCUUUAACUCUCAAGUGGCGGCAUCAGAGCCAUCUUGUCUUAAAGAGUCUAGAAGAUCCACUAAAAGGCCAGAAAGUCUUCACUGGUUGCUUAACUCUCCUGAACCUGGCUUCAGUGGAUGCUGCACCUAAGGGUCAAUCUUCUCAAGUGUGCCAAGUAGUAACUCCUUUCUUCCAGAGUCAUCUAAUUACCCGUGUAAUUCAAUAUUGGUAUCGUAAAUAAAAGUCCACGUGGAAAACUGGAUCCUAUAUAAUAAAUAUCGUGUAGUAAGAAUUGCUCUCGAGGAAUAUUUCUCGAAGAGAAUUAAUUUUUACUUACAUUUUAUUAUUAUAUAUAUAAGUGAAACAACUUCUGUCGAUCUAUCAAAUAUAAUUUCUUUUAAAGGAUCAUUUUUUUGAAUUGUCAUGAUUCUAGCUCUUUCUUUAGCUUCUCUGAGCAUUUUUCUAAAUAUUUUGACGGUAACAAGAUUCAAGUAUUACCUCGAAACAAAGUAUUUUGCAGAUAUAAAAGCCCUUGCAGAAGGAUUGAUGCCUAUACUUGGGAAUGCUUUAUUCAUCCCAAUUUUUUCAUUUUUAUUGAAUAUCUUUGCAUGCACACAUACAACAGGGCAUAAUAUCUUUGACACUUAUUUAGAUCAUGACUGCUAUCAAUAUUGCUGACAAGGAAAACACUUGAUAUUCGCUAUAUUUUCUAUAGUAGCAAUUUUCGUUUAUGUACCCUUAAUAGUUUAUUAUCGACCGUUAUAUCAAGAAGUGCAAGAAUCUUUAAAUAUAAAAACAAUGCCAAAGUAUCUUGUCGUAAAGAGUUUUGCUCAAAUUUUUUUCGUGGUUCUUAAAAAAACUCUUGGCUUGUAUCAAUUAAAAAUUCAUGGAUUUAUCUAUUUGGUUUUAUUUUCUAUAUAUAUUUGAAUCAUUAUAAGAAUAAAACCAUAUAAUUAUGAGAAAAUUUCUCUAUUUCUGCUAGUUUCAUUGCUUAUGGUAGAUUGGUCUGUACUGUGAACAUCUAUCGCAAAUGUAUUUGAAAUGACUAUUAUUCCCUGGUUAUGCUGCCAGCUGAUUGGAUGAGCUGCAAUUCUUGUUUUGGGAACUCUAAAGUCUAAUAAAAUUCCAUCACUAAUUUUAGCUGGAGAAGGGAUUGAUGUGUCAAUCUUGUUUAAAUUUAUGGUUGGCCAGGUUGAAGCGAGCCAAAUAGACAAAAAAGAAAUUAAGUUUGUUUCUAAGAAAGAAAUAGGAAAUCCUUGGAAAAAUAUCCUUGCUCAAGAUGAAGAAAAAUUAGAAUUAAAAGUUGAAGAUGAUCCUUCUCAAGUAAAAAUUUCUAAUUCAAUCGAUAUGAGUUUACAAAUUUAUGAAAAUGAUGCUCUGAAGAAGGAUGAAACAGCAAGAAUCGCAACAGCUCGGAAAUUUAUAUAA